ACCGCAUGUCAUACGCCCUGACCACAUCUCUUCCGUGUUUCUUUCACCACUAAAAGCACCUUUCUGUCGAGACGCAUGUGGUAUGGGAGUCAGUUGAUCCUCGAACCGCCUCCCACGCCUUCCGAAAUGUUUAUUGCUAUGGCAACCGAAACAGCAACUGCCUCCACACAUACUUAUCGACUACGAUGCAUCUUCUGGCUAGCGCUGGUGCACUGUAACAAAAGCGGAUAUAGGCCUAUCAGGCCUAUCAGUAGUCGUCGCUAAGAACGCGGCCAUCGCGGAUGGACUUGCAAUCGCAGCUGCCUGGAUGUCGCCUGGAAUCAAAAGGCUCCUGAGACUCGCAGCUUCUGGACGACAGACAAUUCUUCACCGAAACUGCGUUGAGCCUUGCUAUUGCAGGUCUAAAACGGCCACUGUCGAGGCGGAGCCAUUGCAAGUCUCUGUGGGGCCAGGUGCACCGCAGGACAGAACCGCAGCGAAACGACAGAGGUGACGUAGCGAACAGGCUGCGAGACGCAAAGAGUGACUUUCAGGGAAAUUUGUGUUGUCUCACUCGUGCCGAAAUAUGUGGAGGCCGCUGGAUUUGUAGGCGGCACCGGAAACGCCCGAAUUUUGAGAUGCUUUGGCUGUCUCGAUAUCCUAGGAUAGCCACACAAAACCCAAAACUGCGCGCUGCGUGUCUUCGUUUCGGGUGUAUCUACACCUCUGCAGGCCGUUCGCUCUCGCUGCAUUUCGAGCGGCGCUCAGAUGAAUCACACUUGUCUUAGUGGCCAGCCUCUCUACCGGUGAGAACACCUUGCCGUCUGUUUAGAAAACUUGCUGCAGGGAUGCCCGAAAGAACGGAACGGCCAGCUUCCUUUCUGUGGCGCUGCUUGAAGCUUUGCUCCGACAUCGACCGCGCACCCACGUGCUUCGAAUCCCGAGAACCGGGGCCAAGUCGGCAAGGCAACAGUGGCGCGUAUACAGACAUUGGCACGGGGAGAGUUUUGCACUAGCAGAAGUCGUCGAAGAUAUUUUCGUCAAGACAAACACUCAUUCUCUCGUAAUGAGACCGGCACCCUUCUUCCAAGCAUCCACUUAAAAGUGCAGUCACCGACCUGUUUCCGGUUUUUCGCUGCGUACUCUCGAGGCUCUUCGCGCUCCAGCUGGACACACACGGCUAGGUCAUUGUGUGAGACUCUUUGGCGAAAGAGAUAUCGACGCGUCCUGUGACUUACAAUUUUUUUCCGCUUCCAAAACAGCAUCAAAGCCGUUAUGAAUUCCAUCGUUGUCAAGUCUCGAAAACAUUUCUUUCUUGUUCAGAGGCACUGACCGUAUCUACCUUUCCCUGGUCCCGUUUUUCUCAGCCACAAACAUCGUCUGCGAACAGUUUCUUGUCCGUUUCCGCCCUUUGUCCGACAGCGACCUGAAAAAGCUACCACUUUCGAAGCCUUGCCGAGGUUUCCUCUGGAAAAAGGCUUCAUAUCGAGAUAGAAUAAAAAAGUUGGCAAGUAUUCAGCGACACAGCGCCGCGUGUAUUUGCAGCAGUGUCUUAGCAAACGUUUCACGGGGAAGCCGCUCCUCGAGAAUGCACGCCUAGUCAAAAGCCCUCCCUUUUCCGUGGAACGUUCACUCGCCGCUCUUCAUGUACGGUACGAACAAUUUCGCUUUUGUCUCUUACGCUAAAUCAUGGACUCGACAGUGCGGGUCUCCCUGUAGGAAAUGAGCCAAAACCCGACUUCAAAGAUGGCGAUGACAAUUUCGUCACCUACAUCGUUCUCGGUGUCUACUCCUCACUCACCCACGGCAUCUGAUGAGGCUUCGGCCCGUGGUGUUUCGGUCGCUUUUUUCGCUCACACGCCCCACCCGUCCUGCGGCAUCUCUGCCUCCCUCGAACACCCUUCGUGUCGCAAUGCCCUCUCGCCUGCCUCUCUCGAGGUUCCCGACUCUCUCCCCCUCUCUCCUUCGUCCUACCGCACGCUCCAAGUGUCUUCUUCGCGGCCUGUGAGACCCCCUUCCUCUCCUCCGACUCCGUCUUCCACUCUCGCUGUGUCCCUCCAGGUGCCUCCCUCAGCCCCGUCUACCACAAGUGCACCUUCGCCACAGAGGCUGCCGCAGGCAGUUUCCGAAUCUCCAGCAGAGCGGAAACUUUCUACCGGAGAGGAGCUUACUCGCCGCCUCUUAGCCACCUGGGUGGUCUCGGCUAACGCCUCGAAGAAAGGAGGGGCGCGCGAAGGCGAGAGGCGGCCGAAGCGCGGCUCGCGACUUGGAAGCAGACAUAUCUCUUGCGAGUUUCCCUCUUCUUCUACGCAUUCUUCUUUCCCUGGCACAUCCGCUUCGCCUGUAACAUAUGCGUCUCCCUCGUCGCCUACCCCUCAUCUCUCAUCGGAAUGUUUGCCUCAAUCUCGUUCCCCAAUCUCAGGAGUCUCUGCCUCUUCUUCCGAGUCUUCUUUCUCCUCCCGCUCCCCCUCUGCCUUCCCUUCUUCGCUGUGGUCUAUAGAAGGAAGUCCCAGCCGGGAGCAGGAUUUCCGCGCCAGUGUCGUUCAGGCUGUCUUGUCGACCCAGGCGAGAAGGAAGAGCGCGAGGCGAAGCGAAGAACAAACAUGCAUGAAUGGACUGCAUGCACAAGCUCGAGAGACGAAGACGCAAGACGUCAAGAUGGAAGGGUCCUUCGGAAUUCAUGACGUUUCGCGACUAACCAGCAGAGAAGGCUUUGCUCAUUCUGUGAUAAAGGGAGACAAGGACCAAGGUGGAGUCUUCCAAGUGGACAAAAACAACUCAUGGAGUGCGUGCUCAGUUUCGCCGCCUUCAUCUUCUUCUUCGGAUCCUCACCUCACCGCGACUUCCGGUUCUUCCUUGAAUUGCUUACUUCCUUUGGCUUCAGACUUUUCGGGGGGUAGCGUAGAUUCCGAAACCAAUGCCGACGAGAGACACAGAAGUGCCUCCAGGAGGUCUGAGGAAGAAGCGAAGACUUCACAGGCUUCAGCAUGCGACACACCGGAGAGAGAGAGAGAAGAAGAUAUGACAGAGAGUGAGGAUGAACUCGUGCUAUGGGACGACGAAGCCUUAGAAGCAAAGGAAGCACGAAAAGAGCGACAAUGCAGGGGUGAAAUUCCACUUAUGCAGCAGUCAGGUAGCAGCUCUUGUGACAGCACACACGGUGGGGAAGAAGACGAAACGCAGCGCACGAAGAAAACAGAGAAAACCUUUUCUGGACGGAUAGACUGUUUUGGAGCAGGCGUUUUUCCGGAGGACAGGAGUCCACCAACAGGUGGAUCACAGCAGGCCGAUAAAGAAGAAGAUGAACGCGAAGGCACCGUCAGUCGUGUGCUACAAAUCCUUCGAUGCGAAACGCUGGUUCGAGACGCUCAAGCAGCCCUGCGCGCUGUCGGCGUCUCUCCCGAGCGUCUACUCGAUCCAGAAAGUCUGCGGAGUCCCGAGGAAGAACCAUGCGAGGUGGUGAUAGAUGCUGGAGAGACGAGAGAACAGCGGAACGCCUGCGUGGGCACUCACGGGAAAAGAGAUGCAUACACCGCAGAAGCAGGACAUGGUAGGAGGGAAGGGAAUGAGAAGGGUGGCAAGCCAGUUAUCUCUAGUCGUAACGAAGAGGAUGUCUCGAUGGGUGAGAGGGAAGAGACAGACAGAGAGCCAAAUCGAAAACGAAGUGCAUGGAUGCGGGGCGAAAAGAGUGAAGAAGAUCUGCACGAUGACCCGGCGAUCCAGACUCUCCGUGCACUUCUUCCUUCUCUCUUGGAGAGUUGCCCAGACUGGAUUGACGAGAAGCUAAACGUCGGAAGACGAGGAGAAUGGGUGGCGUUCACGAAAAUUCUCCCCGAAAUUCUGGAGAGGCGCUACGGUCUCUCUGUCGCCGAACUUCGAAAGGAAGGACCGUACUGUUGGGUUGGUCGCGGACGCCUUCCCAAAACGCCCGGCUCGACUCUCCUGUCUCAGGGGUCUCUUCCUUCGCUGUCUCUCUCGUCGUGCACCUUCUCUGCUCCUCCUCCUCUGUGUUCGUCUUCUUCUGACUCUCGCUUCUAUUCCGCCUGCUCCUCAUCUUCGACUUCCCGCUGUCUCCGCUCGGCUUCGUCUUCUUCACUGACCUUGAGUCCCGGUCACGUGUGUGUCGCGGGAGAGGCGAAGGCUCAGGCAGGCUGUGAUUCUCCUCUGAGUUUCUUUUCUCCACUUUCGAGUCCGGGAAUGCGCAGCGAAGAAGGCCUUGAAGUGGAGGUGGAAGAAGAAGCUCGGGCCGACGACGCCUGUGUAGAACUCAAGGCAAGAUGGAUGAAUGGAUGCACCGAGACCGGCCUUCCGUACGACAUUCGAAUCGACGUCUUCAACUCCACCCUGAGAGAAUCCAUUUUUCUCGAAGUCAAAGCCACUAUUCUGGGCCGUCCGUCGUUCUUUCUGUCUGCACCGGAGAUUCAGUUUGCACGGUCGCAAGGCAAAUCGUUUGUGGUACUCGCACUGUGGAACGUUCGCGACUCUCGAGGACCCGACUGGGCGCUGACGGAAGACGUCGGCGGCUGCGAGAGCCUUGCGGAGUUUCUGCGCGUGCUCCAGACGGACGCGCGAGACGCAGCCGGAGCAAAAAACGAAGAAGGAGAAGGACGCGAAAGCGAAGCGCGCGGAGGACGGGAGCCAGGCGAUCGAGGGACGGACACCGCUGAGGCAGAUAACAGAGACAACGCGUUCCUUGGCGGCGACGGAGACACCGUGAGCAUCAAAUGCACCUUUGACGAUUUCGCUUCGACAAAAGCGUCCGGAACGGGAGACUCGAAAGGAGAACAAACAUCAAGAGAGUUCUCUUCUACCUCGCUUUCGGACCUCGUCUCCUGUAUCCUCCAGUCCUGCGACCAUGCGUGAGGAGUCGCGAGUUCUUUCAAAGAUAGUUCCUUCGACUUGUCCGCCGGAAAGAAAGUCUCUUCGACAAGCAUGCCGCGUCUCUCCUCUCUACUUUGUCGCCCUCUCCUCUCUCGGCUAGAGACUCGGCAGUCUCUCGCGGUUCUGCACCGUCUUCAGCUCUUUUCUCGUCUCCUCGUUUGCCUGGUCUUUUCGGCCAGCUUUCGGAGACGAACUUGCGAAAGAGCAUGCUGAGAGACGCGCGCGAGCUCGGCUCUGUUUCAGCGGAGAGACACGGAAAAGAAAGGGGUGCUCCUUUUCUUCCUCUUCAGCGUUCGCUUCCUCCCUUCCCGCGCCCCGCAAGAAGGAAGCGCGCGCUCUUCGGUUCUUCGAUGUGGAAAAACCAUCCGUGAGCUCCGUCUAGGAGCCGAGAACGACGGAGGACGGAAGGCUCGGGAGGCAACCGUCCAACUUUGUUGCGUUUCGUCGCAUCUGCAGACUGAUGUCUGCACGCCGAGAGCGACAAAGAACAUUUGUUUUUUCGAAGAUUUUGCAGGUUUAUCCACGGGAAUAGAUUCGCAUAUGAGUUCGCUGUCCUGCAUCGCUGUUAGCCGAGACAGCAGGAACGAAAUACGAUUUUCGGUUUUUUUGCCUCUCCACUCCAAGGUAUUUUUCCAUAACCGUACCGAAGUGCAGACAUACAUUUGUGCGUAGCCAUGUAUAUGUAUAUAAGUGCAAGUAGAAUAUGUAUACAUAUACAUAUAUAUAUAUAUAUGUGAGUCCUUCAUUGAUUGCUUUUGCUCGCCCGACAAUAGGACAAUUGACUGAACUUUUGAAGUCGCGUUUUUUUCAUGGACAGACGUAUCAGACACACUGCCAGGCAAAGUGUCUGUACACAAUCGCGUACAUGCUAGACACGCUACGCGUCGUUAUAUAUAUAUAUAUAUAUAUAUAUAUAUAUAUGUAUUUAUGUAUGUAUUUAUGAAUGCGUAUACAGCUGUUUAGGGGAUGGAUACGUAACGGUAUGAGCUUUGGCUCGGCGCUUUCAGUGUUUCUUCGCAGGGGAGAGAGUCCUCGAGCCUGCGGCGAGUGUCGAAGCGCUUUCGCGACUUCGAAAGGCAAAAGAGGAAAAAGAAGACAACCCAAGUCGUCAAGUCACCGAUACGUUUCACUCAAUUCGCACAUCGAAAUGCGCCGGAACCUUUCUCAAUACGGC